AUGUCACAUCCGCCACCUCCAGGCACAAAUCUUCCCGCGCGACCUCCCGCCAGCAACUCGAGGCCCGGGUUCAGAUCGAGCUUCAACUCGCAGGGCCAGUCUGCCGCACCGCCGUCGUACACGAAUGCCAACUCUGCGCGAGCCUCCGUCCCCAGCUAUCCAGCCGCCCCUGCAGCUUCUGCAGCAGCAACGCAUUAUGGCUCGUCGUAUCAAGCUUAUCCCAGCCGCCCUUCGGCCACAGGGGUGAGCCACUCUACGGCGGCAUACUCGUUUCCCCAACAGCAUCAGCAGCACGGCGCCCAUCAACAGCCGCACAGCUACGCCCCUCAUGCCUACUCGCAGCCGCAGUCUUAUCAGGCACAGCCAUAUCAGGCACAGUCGUACCAAGCAGCACCGCGUAUUCAGAACCCGUUUCCUACGCCUGGUGCAAGUAUAAGUGCAAGUGCAAGUACAAGUAUAGGGCCGAGUGCGAAUGCGGGCGCGAGCGCGAGCAGUACCGAUUAUGACCCGGACAUAGCUGCCCAGAUUGCGCAAUGGCAAAGUGCCUACGCGCCUCAGGUCGAUAAGGACGGCAAACCACUCCCGGCGGCGGAGUAUGCAAAGGCCGAAGGCAUAGAUGCGGCCGCACAGCAGCCGGACAAGUCAAAGACGGUUGUCCGAGAGGGCGGUGGCAAGAAAUGGACGGACGACACACUGCUGGAAUGGGAUCCUUCCCACCUGCGCCUCUUCGUCGGAAACCUGGCGGGAGAGACCACAGAUGAAUCCCUUUUGAAGGCCUUUUCGCGGUGGAAGUCUGUUCAAAAAGCCAGAGUCAUCCGUGACAAGCGGACCACGAAAUCCAAAGGUUACGGCUUUGUCAGCUUCAGCGACGCCGACGAUUUCUUCCAGGCUGCCAAGGAGAUGCACGGCAAAUAUAUCCAGAGUCACCCUGUCGUUGUGAAGAAGGCCAAUACGGAGAUCAAGGCGACCAACGUCAAGAACAAGUCACAUGGAGGCAAGAAGAACUAUCAGAACAACAAAAACAACAGGAACAACAACAACUCCAAUGCUGGGGGUUAUGAACCACAACUCGGUCCCAAGCCAGGCGCGGGUAUCGCCAAGCCAGGCCAGAAGACCAAAAACGGUCUGCGACUCUUAGGUUAA